AUGCUUGGGCAUAAUGGAGUAUUCUUGCAUUCCUCUGUAUACGUGAGGGCAUCAAUUGAUCAUGGAUCCGCAUGCCCCGUGAAAAGUCUGAUAAAUUCGAGAUUAAAGAAACUUUGGCGUAAUCCGUCAGAAAAGUUCAUACAUACUUCUGCCGGACAGUCGUGUCCGACAAUUGAAUUGAAUCUAAUUAUCAUCAUUCUAGCUGGCAUACAAUCAGAAAUGGAGAAUUUGGCUUAUUGUUUGACUUAUUAUUUUUAA